GCCUGGAGGGACCACAGUUGGGAGAGAACAUGCCUGCCUUGAUGACUGCUCUGUGGAGGCUGAUGAUUCCCUUGAUUGUCCUGCCACACUUCUCAGCAUCCAUUCCAUCCCAGGAGAGGACUGAGAGACAUGCUGAUGGGCUCUUCCACAGUGAGCUCAGCAAGAUGAAUGGCAAUGCCUACGUGAGGCAGCUGGUCAAGAAUCUGGUGGGCCUCAAGGAGAGGUCCCAGAGGCACUCAGAUGGACUGUUCACCAGUGAGUACAGCAAGAUGAGAGGAAAUGCUCAGGUUCAGAAAUUCAUUCAGAGCCUGAUGGGUCGCAAGCGCAGCUCUCCAGAUCCAAUCAACACAGAUGUGCAGGGGAGAGAGGAAGAAAACAUCCCUGAGGAGCUUUGCUUUCUGUGGUUGUACCAGAGCUUUCUAAACACCAGCCACUCAGAGAGUGAUGCCAUGGAAGCUGCUGCAGUGGCCAGCCAGUUUAUUUGCCCCUUCUCUGAGCAGCUGGUUGCAGAGAGGAAGGAAGACACAGACAGUUUUGACUGA